AUGCAUAGUUCCGUCAAGGCUACACCAGGCAUUCCCGCCAUUCGCCGACAUUACCAUCCUCUCCUCGCGACACAGUCAUUCGCACGAGAGGAUAUGGGUCCUUUCCCCGUCUUAUCGUACGAGACAACAUUCCCGCUUGACGAAUCCGGACCUACACCCGACGUCGCAGCAACGCCAUCAACAAGUGGAGUCCAGAUUUCAAAGCCCAAAGGCGAAGUUACUCGCUUGAAACGUGAUGGGUAUAAUCUUCAAGACGCCUUGGGUUGGUCUGACGACCACUAUGCCGACGUCCAGAGACACCUUCAGGACCUUGCUACCAAGCACCUCAACCCGACCAAGACUUUCAAGGCCCAAACAGCGGAGGCGUUUAGCAAACUAUGCGAUGAGGCAAAGAAGAAGUAUCCUGAACUCGCCAAUUACGAAGACGAUUGGGUCGCUGCCGAUUUCCUGUCCAUUUACUGCAAGAAUAAGAAAGCUAGAACUAAGCUUAACUAG